AACGAAUUUAACAUGUUGAAAAUUAAUCGAAGUGUGAUCAACCUUUUCAAAUGAGCCAAAAAAAAAAAUAUUUAACGUAUAAUAAUUGUCUUAAAUGUAAAUAUGAAACCUCAUAGUAGUAGUAACAUUUUUCAUUAUAUGAAGAAGAACCAUGUCACGGCGGCAAGAACGGAUCCGCAGACAGAGAUCUCAAGGGACGAGGCUCUAUCCGUCGGAGCUGAAGCUUCGGGGCCUUCACUGGCGGAUCCUUCAUCAGUUGACGACGAUGGAGAGUUGUCUGGAGUAGGAGAUGGCGGAGAAGAGGCGGAGGAGUUAUCACCGGAGCUUGAGUCGGGACUCGAAGCCGGCGUUUUGGUCGACGACGAUUUAGGAGACUUUGCGGUGGAGCCACCGCCUGAAGAUGGUGAAGCGCUUGGAGUGGCGGUUGAGUUCUUCUUGGAGUUGGUCGGAGGUGAAGCCUUAGGCGGCGAGGCGUUUGAUUUUUGCGGUGGUGCGGCGGUUGUUUUUGGCGGUGGUGCGGCGUUUGUUUUCGGCGGUGGUGCGUUGGUUGUUUUUGGUGGUGGCGCGGGGGUUGAUUUUGGCGAUGCUGCAGCGGCGGGAGAAGGAGAUGUUGAGGUUUUGUUGCCAUUGGCUUUAGGAGCUCCCGCUGGUGUUGGAGGAUCGGCAGCGAGGACGGCGGUGAUGGCCAAGGCGGCGACGGCGAGAGAUAGGAGUUGAAGGGUCAUUGUGAAUGUGAUAAUGUUUGUGUUUUUUUAACCGCGGUAAUUAAUUAAUUUGAUUGCUUAUUGUGUUUUGUGUCGCCUACGUGGUUUUAUGGUAAACGGUGAUAGUAUAUUAAAGGGAAGAAAAAGGUGAUUUUGAAGAAAUU